GCCGAACAUCGAUCUCUACAUAUCUUCCCCACCCCCUAUACCUUUUUUUCUCCCUCUUUAUCCCUAGUUGCCACCUCUAUCCCCCUUGACAAUUAUAUAUGUGAAAUUCUCUCAUUUUUCUCUUUUUUGUAAGAGUAUUUUCCUCUUUUGGGAUCUCCGUCUCAGCUCUCUUAAUGAUAUUUUAAUCUACUUUUCUGCUUGUGGUGGGCUAGAGGAAGAUAAUGCAAAUGUAGAGUUGGUUGGGCUCAAAUGGGUUGAAGCGCUUGCUUCAACUGUCAACAUCAUGGUUGGACGGAGGAAUCCCAAACUAAUCUUUUUGCGUGGGACUUCUUUUAUGCUUCGGAUGUACAAUCAAGCAAUCCUACAUCUGUUUGCUCCUUAUAGCAACUACUUAUGUAAUAACCGAUAGUUUUAUGUAGUUAUUUGUCCAUAUAUGUUUUAAGUAAAAUCAUCUAUUACUACUGUUAUAAAUUUAUGUUUGCUUU